CGUAAAAAUAUGUGCGCGAAAAGUCAAUGAACACGCUUACCAGGGUGAAGGUCCAUUGACUCAUAUCAACUCACGGACAUUCUGUCUGUGACCUUAUCAAAUUUUUUUUAAUUCGUUAAGAUGUGCAAAUUGUGAAUAGCUAAUUUUGUUCAAUUCGUAAAAAUAUUGUAAUAGUCAAUUUUAUCAAUUCGUAAAAUAUUCCAUUUUCAAUCUUUUAGCUCAGUUAGGGCUUUUUUUUGUGACGUAAAACUCAUUUGAACUAUGCAAUUUUGAGCCAAAAAUAUAUAGUUGUUUAAUUAAAAAUCGUAAAAUUAUCGUAUUGUAAAAUAAAGAAUAUAAGAAUACAUCUUAUAAAAAUUUCAGAUCAUAAUGCAUGGAGGUCUAGAGGUCACUUUGGGGCUGGACAAGCGUGAACGAACAGUUAGCGCUAGAAAUGACAAUAACCCCAGUACGCCACGGAAUGGAGGCUCAAGAAAUGACAAUAACCAUAGUACCCCUCGGAAUGGAGACCUGGAGGAUAAAACGGAGGAGCACAGUGAGGAAAAGAUGAGAACCUUGUGGGUCGGAGGCAUUUCAGAGAAGGCUGAGGAGGAUGUACUCUAUGAACUAUUCCUGAAUGCUGGACCAAUAGAACGGAUAUCUUGUCCUGUUGAUAAAGAAACUAGGAAGAAGAAAUCGUUUGCAUUUAUAGUGUUUCAUCAUGAAGAGAGUAUAAAAUAUUCCUAUGACCUUCUGAACGGUAUUGAGCUUUAUGGACAACGACUGCGUCUACAGCAUAAAGAAACAGGACUAGGGAUUGAUAUUGGACGAGUUAAUCCGAGUCUAUUCAUGGGUCGGGGCGGAGGCAAUCAAGGGUGGGGCGGAGGAGGCGGAAGAAAUCAUUCUAGAUCCUACUCCGCCUCUGCCCUGCCUGGAUCAGCGCCGGAUCAUCAUCAGCAAUCUAACCAACAUUUUGUCCCUCAACUUCAUUAUCAGUCGUUUGGGGCUCCGCCGCUUCCAUUCGGAUUUCCGCCACAGCCACCGCCACCCCCGAUGGAUCACGGCGGUUAUUCGGUUCAAAACGGCGGUUACAAUCAGUAUCAGGAUCGAUCCUAUGGACGUGAUCAUAACCCACUAGAUCGAAUGGACUUGCGUCGAGACUUGGACGAUCGAAGGUCAAGAGAUCAUGUUCGGAGUGGUUCUGAUCGCUUUCAAGAUCGCCGUGGUCGUGAUGAUCGUCGUGGUGGAGAUGAUCGACGACACCAUGAUCGAGAUCAUCGCGAUUAUAGGGAUAGAAGUCAAGGCGGGGAUUCAAAAUCGUAUCGAAGAUAAUUUACAGAAAUUCUAACGAAACCUUUUUAGAUCUCGAAAUCUGUAAAUAACUUGAAAAAUUGACAUAUUAAUAAUAUCCUUGUCAACCCUUAAAAUGAUUCUAAAUUAGGAUAGAAAUAUCAAGUCAAUUAUUUUUCCAUAUAAAAUGUAGCCUAGCGUUUAGCCCAUAACCAAUUUCAGUGUUGAAGUUGUGAAAUUUAAACGAUUUAAGU